AGGAACGUCAUGUGGGGAAAAUGUGUGCCCACGACGUGUGGCUCGAUAUUGUGGCGCAGCCAUGACCCCAAUAUCCGAAUUUCACUAUGACGACUUCGUUCAUCCCGGUUGGUUCUCUGCAAGGCUUACCAUCCUUCGAAAUCUACUCUCGAACUUGGCACUGGAUUAGGCACUCCAAGGGCGCGGUUCUACAUCUUGGCACUAGCAGCUCGUCCAACAACGGUUCCCACCAUUCUGGGUACCCGUUCACUGUUCUACGUCUUGCAUCAAAACAUCUCCCCGAUGGCACCUCCACAGCCUCUUUAAAGACAAACCCAACAAAUGCCGCACCAUUUUUCAGCCUCGCACGAGAACUCCGUGAUCAGAUCUACCACUACCUCUGGCGCGAGCAUCCCGUGUACUUCUUCCAAUUCUCUCUGCACAUCGAAUUCAGCUACGGAGCACCCAAUAAAGAACGUUUCUCCUGGCCAUGGCUCCCAUCGUGGCUUCUCACCAAUAAGACCAUUCUCGAGGAAGGCAUACAGCAGUUCUACCGACAAGCACGCUGUAUCGAUAUUCGGCUAACCGCCUGCGACGCUCGUAGAAAAUGCACCACGUCACUCUGUGCUUGCAAGGACAAGUGCUGUGGAGAACGGCCUGGUCAUCUCCUAGACAUUCGCCGUAUUCGCACAAUUGACCGCUUCGGCUGCUACGACCUCGAAAUCCACAAAGAAAAUGGAGAACCCUCACUCAUAGCGCCAGAGGCUGGAGACCGGCUAGUACCAGUUUACGCCCGCCACGUGGACAGGGACCUUAUUAAAACAUUGCGAGAUCACCCAAACUGCCUUAGGGACAUCCACCUCGAUAUCCAGUUGCCACCUUACCUAUGUAAGCUAGGUGCCGCGGAAUCGAUACGCCCCUGGAUGAUGGAGAACUUGAAGCCCUGGAACGCCGAUCUAUCCUCUCUUGAAACCAUCGGAAAGAAGCUCGAUCGUGUAGAAUUCCAAAUCAACUACCCGCAAAUGAAUGAUCGCGACCAUACCCAGCUGAAAAACCUAGUACUUGCUUUUCCGAAGCUGCAGCACGAACUUGUCAGAGUCGCGAAAGUCCUAACUUCCGAUGAGGCAGAGGAGCAUGGCUGGAUUGUCCGCGAUUUCUUCUUAUCAAACGAGGGCCUGCGGUAUGAAUGGCAUGUUGAAGUCAAACGUGGGUCGAAGGGCUCACCAUGCGACUUACAGUAUGAAGGGUUGAGAUAUUGGAAGGACUCCAACUCCCAGCACACUUUUCACCUUGAACGGACGAGUUUUGAGGAUGGGGUUAUCAUUUUCCGGGACUGGCCCAGUGGACAAACUAUCGUCGUAGACACUAAUUCGAAGAUGACACCCAAUCAGAAAUACCCUGUGAAUAUACCCCGCAUCCUUGAUGCCCAUUGCCGAAGCCGCACAUUGAUCGCCUCCAUCGCAGAAAGCGACUUGAAAAUUCAGAGUUGCCUAGCGAGUAAUUGA